GGAUUUGGCGCAGGCGCAGUGGGGGGCUGGCUGGCUGGCUGGCGGACGGACGGACGGACGGCGACGACUGGACGCGGCGUCCUCUCAGGUGUCAGGUGGAGGUGGGCGGGCGAGGUGGCUUGCAGGCGGGGCUCCUCCGUUAAGACAGAGGGAAAUGCGGCCAAGUUGCUUUCCCCCGGGAUGAAAAGAUUGACGAAGCGAUGAAAGUAGCCGGUGUUUGCCCUCUGGUUGCAUAGAGGCAGGUGAGGGGCCGGUGGUUGCCCCUGGUUACGGCCGGUUGGCGGGGGAGGGUCGUGUGGCCGCUUACCUGGCGGAGAACUUGAAGCACCAGCAAGCGGAGAGGAGGCAUCAUUCUCUCUUGGAGUGGAAGAGAGGUAGUGUUUCAGAUCCGGUCGAUGAAGGGUGGGAGGACUUGCAGUGAGUUUGUGCCAGAGUUCAGGCGGGUUGCCUGCAGCGGGUGAGACGCACCUGGGGCCAAGGGCGUCAUUGAUGGGAGGCUGCGUGGGGAGUCAACGCCGGCAGCAACAGCACCAACACCAUCGCUCAGGGAGACGGAGUGGCAAUGGGAGGAAAUCAGGUCGUAACGAGCCUCUAAAAAAGGAGAGACCAAAAUGGAAGAGCGAUUAUCCUAUGACUGAUGGCCAGCUGAGGAGUAAAAGGGACGAAUUCUGGGAUACAGCACCUGCAUUUGAGGGUCGUAAAGAAAUCUGGGAUGCUCUUAAGGCAGCUGCCUAUGCCAUCGAAUGCAAUGAUCUCGAGCUGGCUCAGGCUAUUGUAGACGGUGCCAGUAUCAUCUUGCCACAUGGUUCUUUGUCGGAAUGCUACGACGAGCUGGGCAACAGGUACCAGCUUCCCGUCUACUGUCUGGCGCCGCCCCUCAACCUCAUCACGGAGAAGUGCGACGAGGAGGCAGCCGACAUGCCCGACCCGCCGGCUCACGCCAAGCGCGAGUUCCUGCUCAAGGUCCGCCUGUCCACCGGCAAGGACGUCAAACUGAACGCCAGCAUGGCGGACACGAUCGGGCAGCUGAAGCGGCAGCUGCACGCGGAGGAGGCCAUCGAACCCUCCCGGCAGCGCUGGUUCUUCUCAGGGAGGCUGCUCACCGACAAGAUGCGGCUGCAGGAGACCAAAAUCCAGAAGGACUUUGUGGUACAGGUUAUAGUCAAUGAGGUAGCUGCUAUUUAAUUAUUAGAUAAAAAUAAAUCCAUAUGCAAGACAUGUGACUAUAUUACUUUGUGCAAGAAGACCUGAAGGGCUCUGACAUUGGUUGACCUGAGAAGGAAUGUCAUGUUGGAGUGCACUGGAAGAAGUGCAGCGGCCAGCUUUGUUGGUCCUCGACAGUGGAUGCCAACAAGAGGGGACCAUGUUUCAUUAAUUGACCUUUUUACUCUGGCCAGCUGAUGAAUGCUUUUGACUGUAUAUGAAGGUAAUUCCUCUUGCUCCCCUGACCUAUUUUCCUCCCUCUUCACUGCCUUUGUUUCUCCCUACCCUUUCUUUCUCCCUGGCAUUACUCAGUUCCCCCUCCCAUAUCCUACUUAUUUUUUUCACCUCUGCUUCAAAAAAAAAAAGUGCAAUCAUUUCUGGCCAACUUGACAUCCAUUUCACUGGUCCUUUGUUGAGAGUGCACGCAGUGAAGAUCUUUGAAAGGCUGUUCUGUGGUGGCGUAUUGAGGCUUUAUAGAGAGGGUUCUACAAUUGUUUGGCGUUGGCUUACACUGUGCAGUGGUUAAUCACGUUUGUUUAUGCCACAGUCAUGCAAAGGCCAAGCUAAGCACCAAAAAAAAGUACUUGUGUUUUAUGCAUUAAUUACACCAAUCAAAGUUUCAAAUAGACUGUACUUCCAUUUUUUUAAAAGGUACAAUACUUGUGCAAAUUGGGCAAGAUUUGUUAUUUUUUUAAAGUAUAUUGAAAUAAUGUAACCAAACUACCACGGGCUAUUACUCUUUGGGUGGAGAAACGGGAGCAUGUGAUGAUCAUCUUGUUCUGAACAUCCAUGCUUCCCAUCUUCAGGUGCUUACGUUGCACCUGCCAACCUUUCACAAAGCUUCCCUUUUCACUCUGCGUAAAAGUCUGCUGAUUCUCAGGGAAUUGUUGCCUCCUUGGGUAAGUUGCAGGUUAGACCCUUAAACUCCUACCUAUAAAAAGCUCAAAGGUGAGAAGCCUGUGAAUGAGUAAGAAAUUGAUUAUAGAAUUGCUUAUACCUCAUGAAUAGGUCUUCCCCAUGUAAUCCAUGGGCUGCCUGCAGUGUAUGGGACUGAUGCCUGGAGAGGGGGAAGGUCUGUUGUGUAUGAAACUGAUGGAUAGGAAGAGAUCUGUUGCGAAUGGGACUGAUGGAUGGGAAUGGGGAAGAUCUGUGGUGUGUGGGACUAAUCAAUGGGAAGGGGGAGAUGUGUGUAUGGAACUGAUGGAUAGGAAGAGAUCUGUUGUGUAUGGGUGUGAUAGAUUAAAGAUGGAUCUGUGGCGUAUGAGGCUGGAUGGGGGGAGACGUAUGUAUGGGACUGAUGAAUGGAAGGGGGAAGGUAUGUUGUGUGUGGGAUUGGAUAGAUGGGAUGGGGGAGAUGUGUUGCGAAUGUGACUGGAUGGGGGGAGAUAGAUCUGUUGGAGGUUUAAUGAUAGUGAUAAUCCAAUGAAGCUAAUCGGGGUUUUUCCUCUUAUCCUCAUUGUCUUUAGAAGCACCACACCCUGUUUUUCCAUCUUCAGAAGGACACGCUGGGAAGAGGAGAGGAAAAACAACUGUCCCCCCCAUACAGGGAAAGAGGAGUGUCCCUUUCAAAAAUAAAAUGCCAUAAUUCGCCUGAUCUUGAGUUCCAGUAUCUGUAGUUUUUGUUCCAGUCAAUUGUCCAUUUAAUGUUCUCAUCCAGAUUUUACAAUCAUCCUUGACGAAUUUCAUCUCCUUUUAAACUCUUUCCUUACAAGUGUACUGCUGUUUAGCACCUGCACCCUCCUUUUGUCCUGGAUUUGAGAGCGAUGAAGAAGUCCCACAUUUUCCCACCGCAACACCAACCAACGGUCAGCUCUGUUAUUCUCUGAUCCACUUCAUGCAUCCCUCAUUUGGCAGAGCUGAGUGCUGUUCUGCUGAAUCUGACCUGUUAUAUUGCUUAAAGAAAUACAGCAGGCACUGGAAAUUUGAAAUAAAAACGAGUUGCAGGUCUUAGUCAUGCAGCACAGAUACAGACUCUUUGCCCCGACUUGUCCAUGCUGAUCCUAGCUAGUCCCAUUUGUCUGCAUUUGGACCCACCAUACCUCUCUAAACAUUUCUUGGAUGUAUCUGUGGAGAAAUAACUAUUAUUUCACUUUAACCUUUUUUCAAAACAGAUAUAACUUAUAGAAAUCUAAAUGAUUGAAAUUGGAAGCGACAGAAGCACAAAAUGAAUCUUGGGGCAUUGUUGUUUUCAUCCCAAUUAACCAGAAUAUACAUUGUUUAAAAUUUCCACUCAAUCCCAGCAUUAUUUCUGUGCAUAUUGGAAGUGUGCAUUGGUGCACACUCCCCUGGUGCGUGCCAUGUGCCGGGGCAGGUGGAGAAACGGCGCUAAAACUCCAUCGGUUCCCAUUCUUCUGUCCAUUAUCUCUUUCACAGAUCUGCAGGUUGAACCCACACAGCAAAUGUAGCACGUUUCAGCUAACACAUUGACACAGUUGUCCUGGCUGCCCUAUUAAUGCAUUUAACCAGAAAUAAUCGUGCAAAGUCAAUUAUAACAUGAGAUGAACGUCUUCACUAUCAGGCAUUAACAACAUGGCCUCUGAUUACAUCAGGUGGGGAUCAGUGUUUCCACUGGCAUCCAGUUCUUACUUAACUGAGCACAUCUUCCUUUUUAAUUAAUCAAAAUGAACAGAAGCAAAAAAAAAAAAUUUUUUGAUUAUAACUUGAUUUUAAAAUGAGAUCCAACAUCUACAGAUCACUCGGGAGAAAGAGGGAGAGAUGUGUGUUGUCUAAAGGUUCAAUGCUGAAUUCUGAAGCAGUGAAACACCACCCCUAACAGCAAAAGUGAUGGCAACAAUUACAAUUGCAUUGAAUUCAGUUAAAGACUAUUGAAGCAUCUCCCUGUGAUUUGUGCUGUUUACACUAUACAGAAUUCUGCAUUUGAGUCUUCUAUGUAUCUGAUGUGUGUAAAUAUUGGAUGACGUUUGUGUAUAUUUAGUUUCUUGGAGCAGAAUUGUUUUCAGAAUACAAGUUUAUUUUCUUUCCUCCUAAUCAAAGUAAUUCUAUAUCUGUACAAGCUCUUUAUAAUAUGUACAUUUAUAAAAUGGUUAAAGUGA